UCCGUAAAUAAUUUUCUUGUUACGAUAUAACACGGAUUUAAAUUGAACUUUGCCAGAGUACUUCUAACGGAUAGUAUAUCCUUCUUAUACCCGUGUACAGUGAGAGUAUCAAGACAAAGCAAGUGGCGAAACACUUAAGAUAAUGUGAGAUAAACGUAGCUACGUGAAAAGCUCAAUUAGAUCGACGUGACCUACUUAUAGAUUGAACAAAACUUUACUGUGAAUGGGUGGGUGCUCGCGGCCGUCAAUAUGUCGGAUACGCAGGUUAUUAUUCAUGAAACGCACGAUCAACCGUUAUCGUUUGCGGAUUUAGGGAUACCCACAGGUCCAUCAAUAAGUGAAGGUGUUAUUGGGAAGUCCAGAAGAUUAAAAGAUUUAGAAAUAAGUGAGUUAUUAUAUGUUGUCCUGUCAUGUCUGUCCAUAUUGGCAACCAUCGUCCUCUCCAUUUACAAGAUGGCCACCAUAAGCACGUUCGAUUCUGACUUUACCUUCGCCCUCAUACUCAUAGUAAAUGCAAUUUUCUGUACGUUCUAUGUGGUGCAUGGUGUAUUAAAAGAACGGGCGUAUGAAAUAGUUAUAUUUAUGAUAGCUAUAUUUGGUAUAUUAUUGUACAGUAUAGUUAAUUAUUCUGUACAAGUUGAUACCAGAGGACCGGUUAAACUGUCCCGUUUGAUUAUUGUAUGUGUAAUGAGCCCAGUUCUAAUCGGAUUAAGCGGAUGGAUUGGUUGGGGAUACAACAGUUCUGGCAAUCUGAUUUUCAGAACUAUUGGUGCCAAUACAGAGCUCCAGAGCAUUUGUAAAAAGCUUUUUAUGUUUCUUGAUUGUUUAAAACUUGAUUUACAACUUGGGAUAAGUAUGGUGAUCUUUAUUCUGAAUUCUGGAUUCAAAAUUGAUAAUGAAGAUAUUGUUAUUUUAUCUGUUGGUGGAGUAAUAACUUUAGUAUGGUUUGGAGUCGGAUAUUUUAGUACCCGGCAUGAGGAUAAAGUGGGAUCAUGGAUAUUUAUUAUUGGAGCUCCAGCGGAACCAGCAUACGUUAUAUUUAAAAUGAUCCAGUCAAAACAGGAAGAAGAUACAGGACAACGUCACUUAGUAGCGGCAACAAUAGCGGCUGGUGUUUUAGCUCUAGUAACUAGAAGUAUAUUGAUGGUUUUAUUAUAUUUAGUUUACAAAAAUUACGGCAAAGGUUUAAAAGAAAAAGAAUUUGGAAUUAAAGAGCCCCGAGCGAAUCCAACAAAUGAAAGUACAGUAAACAAUCAGUCAAACAAUCAGUAAUACCGGGUCAAAUGCUGUACAAAUUAAAUUCCCAUAUCAGAUAUCUAAAGUUACAUGUAUAAUUCACAAUGUACAAUAAUGAAGGCGCUGGGGUCAUAUAUAUAUAUAUAUAUA